GUAUUAAGCGAACGCUCAGUCCUUCGUUCAGCGGCCGCUUCUUCAGCACAGCGAUCUGUCCCACGGCGGCGAUGGCGCUCUCCACCUCCAGGCCACACCACCUCCUCCGCCGCUUUCACGCUUCCGCGCGGGCUCUUGCGCGGGUGGAACCGCACGAUUUCUCGCAGCCCAGCGACUACCUCGGGAGCUGGGGGGAGCGCCCCCCCGCCACUGUCGCCGCGGGUGGCGGGGACACACGGGAGGCUUGGGCACGGCUCGAGCGGCUGCGCAAGGGCUACGCACGCGAGGUCGGGGAGCUGCGGCGUCAGUACGCCUACGAGGCGCAACUGCUGGAGGCCGAGCGGCAGCGCAAGGCGGAGGCACGUGCCGAAGCCGCCCGCGUCGCCAACGAGGAGCGCAAGGCCGCGAAGGCCGCCGCCGCGCAGACCAGGGCCGCAGAGCGCCGCGCCUUCGAGCUUGAUUUCCGCCAGGCCCUCAUGAAAGAAAGAGCUCAGAAGCUGGAGAGCUGGAGGAACAAAGAGAAGCUGAAAGCACAGAAGAAGACGGAUCACAGGGAGCUCUUGCGCAGGCAGAGUUCUGUCUGGGUUUCUGAGGAUAAAAUGGAAAAGAAAAUUCUUGAAGCUAUCAUGCAUACCACCCCUCUCUGAGGUUCAUGUGUGAGGUCCGCAGGAAGGUAGAUGAUGUAUCCUGGACAGUAGAAUUGAAGCUUCUUUGCCAUUCCCUCUUACAAACUGCCGUAUCACAGUUGCCUAAGGAAUAACAACUAUUCUGCUAGCCUUAAGUUUCUAUUUCUGAACUUGUGUUGUAAUGUUCAGUUGGUAGACCGGACGAACAUCGAGCUGGCAUUUUGUUUCUGAAUUCAAUUUUCUUGAUGGAAA